AUUCGUUGAAUCUGUUAGUUUUAUUGCGUUUGUUGUGUGUGUGUCUAUGACUUUACAUGUGAUUUGUUCAUUUCAUAAAGCUGGAAAACACUGAACUGUUGUUUCUCUACACAGGAACGAAUUCCAGUUUGUGAAGUUACAGAAGACAAACCGGCAACUGUGGCUACCAACGACAAACUCAGCUCUGCACAGCAAGAAUUUACCCGGAGGCAAUGGUGGUCUUCGAGCUGGGAUGUGAACUCGGAACUCUUGGAAUAAGAAGCAAGAAUGAUCAUCGUAUUCAUGAGAUUAUGGAUAACGCUGAUACCAGUCGCGCUUUGCUGUGGCAUCGUGGAGCCUCACUCCGGGGCCCGCACAUUGGGAUUUGCGGCCGCCAGCCAGGACGACUUGGCCGCGGACAGUGAGGCCCUGGAGGAACAAUCCGAUCAAUUGAAGGCGGUCGGAGACUUCAGCGAGGAAGACGAAGAUCGAGGAGACUACGUGACGACGCCUCCGCCCCACACAGUCACAGUUCAUUUACCAUCUCUGCCUACUCUGCCAGCCCUCCCUGCCCUUCCUCCCCUCCCGGCCUUGCCUCAGCUACCGAGCCCACUGUUGCCACCGAGAGAGACCAUCACCGCCACCAAAACGCUUUACGUUGAGGUAACACGUCGCAUCACUCGCCACCCUGUCUGCAUGACAGUGUAUGGUGUCAAGCCACCCUGCCUUCCUGUUGACCUGCACUCUGGCCACAAUGCAGCCCACGAGCCAGAUUGCUGGAAACGUGACAGCCCACCUGAAGAAGAAUCUCUUUGGGGUGAUGAUCUGCAAGAGGGUCUCUACAUCGAGCCCACCUCUGUUCUCAGGAUACCAUCAGCAACAGCAGUGCCUGCAGUGCCACAAAAGGAAGAGGACACACCAGAAUUGGAGCCAUCACACAAGGCUCGAUACCUGGAGUUCCGCAGGGAGACGCCGGCGCCCCCUACCACUGCCUCUGCAGAUAAUGCACGCCUCCUGAAUCUGUCACCUGAGACACACACCGCUACACGGACACUGUGGGUCACCAAGGUGCAGAAGGUUACAGACUAUCGUGUCACGGCCACCCUGGAGGCAAAGAACUGCGUACCAAGUGACUUGAAAUUGCCUUUCUGUCAAGCACCACCACACAAGCCAGCCCACUACACACCCACAAAACCUCCGCACCAUGUAGCCAAACCUCCUCAGUAUAUAACCACUAACCCACCUUAUCAUUUAACCCAUAAUGAACCAUCGGGAUACAAACCCCCGGGUCCCGUUCAUUGGAAGGAUACUGAGAAGGAAGGCGUGAGCCAAGAGGAGGCUGAGAGUGACGUUUGAAACUAGCCUCCACAGUAACACACCCCACCAGCAUGUUGUAACAAUAUAAUUUAUUAUUGUAUUUAUUUGUAAUGUUUAUUUGAGUCAGUAAGCCAAAAACUUCCUCAACCUCUGAUAUCUGAUGUGCAACACUGAUUAGGGUGACAGAAAGAAUUUAUAAACUGCCAUCGGUCAUCUUCUUUAUCUCGCAUAUCCAUUCCCUUUUAUUGCUAUACUCAACUGCCUCCUGUUGGUAGAUUAAAAAACUUUGCAAGCAAUUGUGGAAAAUAUAAAUGUUUCAUAUGAAAUUAAUUUAAAAAAAAAAUUAAUUCGUAUAAAAAUUCAAAAUAAUUGUUUCCCCACAGCCAUAUUUAGUGACUUUAAGACUGGUAGUGAAAAGGUUAAGACCCGAAUUAUAUUUAAAUUUUAAAAAAAUAAUUUAAUUCAGCUCGAAAUAUAUAUUCUUUAGGACAAUUAAAAAUGUAUAGGUUUUAGAUCCUAAUGGUAUAUAAAAUGGCUUUCACAAUUAUUACAGUAUUUUAUCAGCAGAAAACAUAUAAAAACCCUACUGGGUGGCAUGAAUUUAUUGCACUUUGUAAUCCAAAUUUAAUAACUUCUCAGUUUAUGUAUUUCAUCCAUGAACCUUUGAACUCGGCAGCGAUCAACAGUUUUGCCACCCGAAAUAAAGUAGGGAUUUAAUUUAAUUUAAUUUCACAAUAAAGUUCAGUCAUAGUAAUGUAA